GUGUUUGGUUAAAAUGGCAGUCUGACAGAAAUUUGUUAGUUUCUUUCAAAUUCUCUUGUUUAAAUGUCAAUUACCUUUUUCUGUUGUGCGUUGUUACUAGCAGUUUAUAAAUAUUCGCGGAUUAUGUCAAAUUAAUGGCACCACAUACCUAUGGGAUGGGCAACCCACCCAUCACCUAUGCACUUUGAUUCUUUGAAAAUUGUUCCUGAACAUUUAGUGGAAAGAAUCAAGCUGGAAGAUACAAUAUUUCGCGAUUCGUCGCAGAAUGCUCCAGGCAGUCCAAUGUAUUCAGCAGCAGCACUUAACGCUGUGUCCUUCAACUCCUGGGGCAUUACAAAUCAGUGCAGUGUGAAUGGAAUUGCUACAGCUACCAAUGGUGUAUCCACCAAAGUACAAACGACUAAUGAAUCGAAUGAACUUGCGGAUAAUGCAUUAAAUAGACAUGGUAAUAGCCUGAUGUUUGGUGCUGACAAGCAUGUUGGGGCCAAGCACUUCAUGACACCAUGUGGUCCUCUUCAGCUAACAGCCCAAGAGUGUGGUGAAUUCCUUCUGAAGAAAGCAUCAGUUACUUCCAACUUACUAGGACCAGAUACUGCUAACAUAGGACAACAACCAGUCAGUGCAGGUAACACCAAUACCACCGGUGUUACACAUAUAAAAGGCAGACCAUUGGAGGGAGAAGCAACUGAUGACACACAGUCAUCAAACAACAGCAAUGGCAAAUUAACCAUAACUACUGGCCAUAACUUAAGUGGUGGCCAUAGAUAUAGGUUGGAUAAAGAACGACCGUUCUCAUGUCCAGAAUGUGGUAAAUCAUUUCUUCUCAAGCAUCACCUUGUCACACAUGCUAGGGUUCACACUGGUGAACGCCCACAUGUAUGCCCUGAAUGUGGAAAAAGUUUUGCCCAUAAACACUGUCUCAGCACACAUCUACUACUACACAGCAGUGAACGUCCAUAUAAAUGUUUGGAAUGUAAAAAGUCAUUUACAUUAAAGCACCAUCUAGUUACACAUGCUCGUGUGCACAGCAGGGACCGGCCAUUCAUAUGCCAGGAAUGUGGAAGAACAUUUCCACAGAAAAGACAUCUUGUAACACACUCAAAGUUUCAUUCUGGAGAACGGCCGUUUGUUUGUGAUGAAUGUGGUGAAUCAUUUUCUCAGAAGGAUCAUCUUGUGAUUCAUUCCCGGUUCCAUGGUGGUUUGCAUCCUUAUGUGUGUCCAGACUGUGGCAGUACAUUCACACGCAAGUUUGAAUUGGUGAAUCAUGGACGGCUUCAUGGGAGAGUUCCUCACUCUUGUGAAGUCUGUGGGAAGGAAUUCUUGCAGAAAAGAACACUUCUAGCACACACAAGGUUGCAUACUGGAGAUGACAGACCCUUUGUUUGCCAGCAUUGUGGGGAGGCAUUUUCACGUAAACCAGAGCUUGUUGAGCAUUCCAAAAUACACACGGGAGACAAGCCAUUUGUGUGCAGAGAAUGUGGGAACUGCUUCUCGAGCCGGGAGGGCCUCGCACUCCACUACCGACUGCACGCAGGAGACCGUAAUGUGGUGGCAGAUCUCUGCGGCUUGGCAUCAGCUCUGCAGCAGCAGCCAGCUCAUUUCCUAUGUCCACAACCUCUCCCCCCUCCACCACCUCCACAUCCUCCUGUCAGCAAAGCUUCACCUGUUCCUCACACACAUACACCACCAGCUGUGGCUGGUCAUGGCUAUCCAAAACCUAAACCUCACGUUUGCCCUGACUGUGGUAAGUGCUUCACUCAAAAGCAUGGCCUAGCACAACAUAAUCGUCGCCAUAGUGGUGGAUCCUGUGACAUUAAGCGGCAUAUAUGUGAGAAAUGUGGCAAAGCAUUCUAUCAAAAAAAUCAUCUAGCUCUACACUCCCGUCAGCAUAUGGAUCCACAGCAACAGCAACAACAGCAGCAGCAAAGGCAACAACAACAGCAGCAGCAGCAACAUCAGCAGCAGCAACAACAACAACAUCAGCAGCAACAGCAUCAACAACAGCAACAGCAGCAUCAACACCAGCAGCAGCAGCACCAGCAG